AUGUCGUCCAUCGACGUAGAGGAACUAGAGGUGCGAGUGCGCCGCAGACUCGCGCUCGUCGACGCCCGCCGCGCCGACUCGAUCCCCGGUGACGCCCGCGCCCGUUCCGAGGAUGCCCGCUCCGGAAAAGGAACCGCCUCGCGCGAGCGCAGGCUUCCCUCCGACGGCGGCGUGGUGGCGCAGAAGGCCGCGUCCGACGUCGCCACCAUCGCAUCCGCGUGCGAGGGCAUCGCAAUUUUCGAUUCGCUCCGCGCCGAGGACAGGGACGCGCUGUUCCGCGCCAUGUACCGCCUCGAGUACGCCGCGGGCGAGGCGGUGGUCAGGCAGGGCGAGGAGGGCUUCAACUUUUACGUCGUCGUCGCGGGAUCCGCGGCGGUCACCGAGGAGGAUACAGAGGUCAGGACGCUGUGGCCCGGGGAUACCUUCGGCGAGGUCGCGCUCCUCCACUCCGUGCCGCGGACGGCGACGGUUCGGUGCGGCUUAAAGGCGACCACCGUCUGGGCGCUCGAUCGCGAGACGUUCAAGCGAACGCUGUCGCGGGGCGCGUUCCAGCGACGCGAGGCGUACGAGCGGCUCCUUGGCGGGGUGAAGACCUUGGAGCGGCUCGACGAGUACGACAGGAAGCGACUGGCGGACGCCGUCGUGCCGUGCGCGUUCGCCAGGGGCCACGCCAUUUGCGUCCGGGGCAAGGCGGAGGGCGCCAAGUUCCACAUCAUCGAGCGCGGGGAGUGCUCCGUCGAGCUCGUCGGGGGCAAGGAGAUCAAUCGCCUGAAGCCCGGCGAUUACUUCGGCGAGGUGGCUGCGCUUCAGGGGGCGGAACCCACCGCCACCGUCGUCGCCCUGACGGGGGUACAGACGCUCAGUCUGGACCGCGACGCGUUUGUACGGAUGCUCGGCCCC